CUGCAUAACCAUGUAUUUAUGCACGGGACCAUAAAUCUAUGGAGUCUUCUCAUGCACUAUGCCCACACUUUUUCAGUUCAGAGAUGCACAAACCAAACUGCCGUUCUACUACAUCCUGCACAGUAUCGUGCUAUUGGUCUAUGCUCUGGCGUUCCAUCUCAACAACGAAAUAUUCGACGACUUAAGAAUCCAUGAGGCUCGGCUGAACGUGUCUUUGCUAAGUGCCCUUAACCUGUACAAAACCUACUUUGUAUCAGUCGUGCUCGUCACACAGAACCUGUUCAUGGCGAAGGUGUAUAUUGUGGUGGUAGUGUAUGAGACGGUGAUACCGUUGUCCUUCCUGGCCCGUAUACUAACGGCAGAAACGAAACGGUACGGUCUGACCAUUGCGAUUUUCGCGACUGUACUCCUCGACAUCAUCGAAAUUGUCACCUUUGUGUGGCUGCUCUCGCAGUUUGAAAAAGACUUCCUCUGGGAAGACAACAAAAGGAUUGGCCUGAAUCCAAGGAUCAAUGGUAAGUCAGCAAUAUUAAUUUAGACGCUUACAAGACAAGAAAAGAGCUGCGUGUAAUGAUAAGGGUGUUUUACUGGUCGUACAUCGGACAAUUCGCCAUAUUCUUUGCACGAUUUGAUGGUCCCAAGACCAUGGUC